CACUUCCCUGCUCCGUAGCCCCCAGCCUCAGGGGGGCCCUGCGAGGGGCGUAGGGGGCGGCCAGCUAGCCUUGCGGCUGUUGCGGCCGCGCAUGCAUUUUCCAUGGCCAGCUGCGGCUGCAAGGCCGCCGCGUCCCUCUUCAAGCGCACCUUGGCCUUUUCUCCGCCGCGUGCGGGUGGCGGCGGGUCGGGCUCCGGCUUGACUGGCGGUGGCCGGUUGCGGACCUGCGGCGGCACCCCCCGCCUCCCGCAACAGUCGCGGCCUCGCUUUCUGACCGCUCAGGCUGCCCCUCCGCCUGUGCUCCUUUUGCAGGACUCCCUCAGCGACAGCCUCCGGAUAUGUUACAAGUACUUGAACCAAACCAGUCGGAGCUUCGCCGCCGUUAUCCAAGCCCUGGACGGGGAGUUGCGCCAUGCAGUGUGCAUCUUCUAUUUGGUUCUCAGAGCUCUGGAUACUGUUGAGGAUGACAUGACAAUCAGCCUUGAAGCUAAGGUCCCCAUGUUACACAAUUUUCACUCCUACUUGUACCAGCCAGACUGGAAAUUUAUGGACAGCAAAGAGAAGGACAGACAGGUGCUGGAAGACUUUCCAACGAUUUCCUUGGAGUUCCGGAACCUGGCAAAAGUCUAUCAAGAUGUGAUUGCUGACAUUUGUCACAAGAUGGGUCUUGGUAUGGCUGAGUUUUUGGAAAAGAAGGUGAAUUCUAACAAGGAAUGGGACAAGUAUUGCCACUAUGUUGCUGGCCUGGUGGGAAUUGGCCUCUCCCGGCUCUUCUCUGCCUCAGAAUUGGAAGAUCCUCUUGUCGGCCAAGACGUAGAACUGGCCAACUCCAUGGGACUCUUUCUGCAGAAAACCAACAUCAUUAGGGACUAUCUGGAGGACCAACUUGAGGGCAGAGAAUUCUGGCCCAGAGAGGUUUGGAGCAAGUAUGUGCAGAAGCUGUCGGAUCUGGCUAAGCCAGAGAACAUUGACAAAGCCGUCCAGUGUAUGAAUGAGCUCAUUACCAAUGCCCUACAUCAUGUUCCUGAUGUCUUGACAUAUUUGUCCCGCUUGAAGAAUCAAAGCGUGUUCAAUUUCUGUGCUAUUCCCCAGGUGAUGGCUGUCGCCACCUUGGCAGCCUGCUACAACAACCAGCAGAUCUUCAGAGGUGUGGUGAAGAUUCGAAAGGGACAAGCAGUCACAUUGAUGAUGGAUGCUACUAACAUACAGGCUGUCAAAGCCAUCAUGUACCAAUAUGUGGAAGAGAUCUACCAGAAGAUCCCAAGCACAGACCCUUCCUGCACCAAAACUCAACAGAUUGUCACCACUGUCCAAUCCAUGAGCUUACCCAACAGUACCCUGGUCUCCCGGACCCAUUACUCACCCAUCUAUUUUUCCUGCAUUAUGAUUUUAGCUGCCUUGAGCUGGCAGUAUCUGAACACUGUCUCAAAAGCAGCAGAGGAAUAUGUGCACACUGGUGAGAACUGAGAGUGGAGCUUUCAGAAGGGGAGUAUUUUGAAAUGGGAGAACUUUUUGGAGUCCCAGGAAUGUAAGGAGUAGGACUGAAUGUUUCGUUGCAAGCUGGUUGAACUGGAAGCUUCCACUUAAAAGCAUCUGCUGCUGGUUUCAAAGCCCCCAACAGUUUCCAAUGGAGACUUUUGCUUUUUUUUUUUUCCAGCUACUAGUCAAUUUUUGUUGAGUCUUACCUAAUAUUUUCUUUUCUGCAGUUUGAUCUGCAUUUGUUUUUGAUGUUUUUUUUUAACUCUGAUGUUUCAAAGUGUUUUGUGAAUUUUGACAGUAAAAAUGUGGUGAUAAAACCACUUCUCUAUUUCCUGCUGUAAUUCAAGUACUGCAUCUUCUGAUCAAAGCCCGUACUGUGUCUUAAGUUGCACUAAUUUAGGAAUUAGUCCUUACAUUAACUUUGGAGAUAGAGAUUUGUCUUAUUGCAUGGUUGAUAUUUUUCCUUUUCCAUAAACUUUAUUGUGGCUAUUGGAAA